AGGUCUCGGCUCAAGUGCCAAAGGCUCCCUCCUGUGCCCCGAUUCCUGACUCGACUCGAAUGGCGGUUCGCGGACUCUACGGGGAGGUGAUGACCCAAGGGGAGUUUGCUGCGUGGUUUGAUACCCACACAGGUGGAGUCUUCUUCGACGAGCUGCGGCGCGAGGCGUCCCGACGCCUCAACGUCUCCAACUUCCGACGCCUAGCUCUGGUUUGCGGCGAGCAGAGGUUGGGCCCAGCGAAUGGCUGAACGCGGAGCUGGUGGUGGUUGUCCGGGACUACAUCAAACCAGAGGCGCAUUACUUGGCGCCGCAGCCCCUGGAGGAAGAGUACUAUCCUGACGACCCAGAUGAAAGUGAGCCGGAUUUGAUUCAUUUCAUGAAGACUGCUCAGCUUUUGAUUGCAGCAUUACGGGGACAAACAGCUGAAGUUGUGAGUCUGCUCGAGAAGCCAGUCGACCCAAAUGUGAGCAGUGAGUCAGGCAAAACAGCUUUGCACUACGCGUCCAAACAUGGCCAUGUCGAAGUUGCGCAAUGCUUGCUUGAAUGUGCAGCUGAUAAAGAGGCACCAGACAAUGAGGGCAACGUGCCCAUUCAUUUUGCUGCCAUGAUCGGUUGCGCAGAACUUGUGUGCUGCUUGAUGAGAUCCGACGCGGACGUGAACAAGGCUAAUUUUGAUGGGCGAACACCUUCACAUUUGGCAGCUGCUGAGGAUCGUAAGGCCGUCCUGAAGAUCCUGCUAAAAGCCGGGGCCGACAAGGACAAGGCUGACAAAGAUGGCGAAACACCCUUACACGCGGCUGCCGCUGAGGGUCAGUGGGACAGCGUGCGCACUUUGCUUGCAUUCGGUGCUGACAAAGACAAGCGCACACACCGGACUCUGACCCCCUUGGAUCUUGCAGCCAUGUGUGGCCAGCUCGAAGUUGCAAUCAUCUUGCUGGAAGCUGGCGCAUGGAAAGACGCUGCCGGUCAGCAAGGUCUUGUGCCCAUGCAUUUUGCCGCCAGAAAAGGCCAUGCGGAAGUGGUGCGCUGCCUGACAAGAGCAAAGGCAGGUGUCAACACGGCUGACUGUGAUGGGCAAACGCCUUUGCACGGCGCUGCUCAGGAGGAUCAUCCAGGAGUUGUACGUGUGUUGCUAGAACACGGCGCUGACAAGGACAAGGCUGACAUUGAUGGAGACACGCCUCUGCAUCUAGCUGCCAAGGCAAGCCCGAAUGCGUGGAACUGCUUGGUGGAAGCUGGCGCUGAUGAGAGCAGGGCCAAUCAUCGGGGCCAAGUGCCGUGGCAUCUUUUGUCUUCUUUGAUGCUGCAACAGCUGCAAUCAUACAGGUCACUGUGACAGAAGCUCAGAGAAGCCUGUGGUCAAAUCUUUUUUGAGUGGCCACCCAGUUGGUGGGCUGGGUAGCUAGUUUAAGC